UAGGAAUCUAUUCAGUUAUGUGAAUCUCCUUUUGAAUUAUAUUCAUUAAUCUUAAUUUUUGUCUUCUUGAUUUUCAUUGCUUGUGCCGUGAUUAGUAAUCAAUUACAUUCCUUCUCCUUAGGACUACUUGUUUGUUAACUUUUAAUUUUGUAUUUAAUCUAUCAAUAUGAGUGACUCUGAAGAUCCAAAGAAACAGCAGGAAGAGGAGGAAGAGGAAUACAUCGUUGAGAAGAUUCUGGACAAAAGAACGCGGAAUGGAAAAGUUGAAUAUUUUCUUAAAUGGAAAGGAUAUUCAGAGGGUGACAACACGUGGGAACCAGUAGAGAAUCUCGAUUGUCCUGAUCUGAUCUCCGAAUUCGAGGAAGAAAGAAAAAAGAAAAAGAAUGAAAAGAAAGGUGAUGAUAAGAAAAGAAAGUCUACUGUUGUUGAAGGAGACAAAAAGAAGAAAAAAGCUGAUGAUGAACCAAGAGGCUUUGAAAGAGGUCUUGAACCUCAGAAGAUUAUUGGUGCAACCGAUGCCUCAGGAGAACUCAUGUUUUUAAUUAAAUGGAAGGACUCUGAGGAUGCAGAUUUGGUCCCUGCUUCUAUAGCUAAUCACAAAUGUCCCCAAAUUGUUAUUAAGUUCUAUGAAGAGCGUCUUACAUGGCACACAGCAACCAAUAAUGAGGAUAAAGUUGAGGCCAAAGAUUAGAUCAACUGCGUUCACAUUCUUUACUCUUUAAUUGUUUCAUAUUACCUUAUCCUUUCUUUUCUAAACAUUUAACCCAUCGCAUUCAGUUUCCAUCCUUUCAUCAAAAUAUUAAACAAAUAUUAUUAAAUAUCAUUCCUGAUCACUUUUUA